UUGAAAGAUGUCUCUACCGCCAAAUUCGACGAGACGGUCGAGUUCCAUUUGAGGACAAAUGUCGACCCUCGCCACGCCGACCAGAUGGUCCGCGGCGUGGUAAGCAUGCCCCACGGUCUCGGAAAAACGAUGCGGGUGCUCGUGUUCACUGGCUCCGAUGGCAGUGAAAUCGCACGUCAGGCCGGCGCUGAUUUCGUGGGUGAAGACGAAUUGAUCGAGCGCAUCGAGGGAGGCUGGGUCGACUUCGACAUCGGACUUGCCACACCGCAGGUGAUGCCCAAGAUCGGCAAGCUCGGCCGAAUUCUGGGACGCCGUGGCCUGAUGCCCAACCCCCGUUCAGGCACUAUGGUGCAACCUCAGGACUUGCCACGCGCCAUCCAGGAAGCGAAAGGUGGCCGCACAGAAUACCGGACCGACCGGACGGCCAUCAUCCAUUGCGCAAUCGGAAAGAUAAGCUUUGAGACCAACAUGCUGCUGGGCAACCUCGCCACGCUGACAUACGCCAUCAGUCAAGACCGCCCCGCCGCUUUGAAGGGCCAAUAUUUCCGCUCGGCUUAUCUAACCUCGAGUAUGGGCCCGAGCAUCUUGCUGGACCUGGCCACCCUACAGGCCUUGCGCCCUGAGGACUAA